AUUCGAAGCCACAUUCAACUGAACGUCACCACAGAUGCGCAGUUUGUAGAUCGCGGCUGUUGUUAGCCUUGAAGGUUUCGCCAAGAGAUCUCGCUCUUUGAGCCGCUGCCGCUUGCCGCUUGCCGCACGGGGCACCCCGCCUAUCGCGUUCGGAGAGCUCGACCAUCGCAGCUACCACUUUCCUAUUUCAAGCUUUGGCACUGCAUAUCACAUCAGUGACUGCGUGAAGCGCUUACCAUGGGUCGACUUCUGACGUUCGCAUGCUGUAAUCUGAACCAAUGGGUUCUUGACUGGGAGGGAAACCGCAAGAGGAUCGUAGAAAGCAUACAAAUUGCUAAAGAGCGUGGUGCUGGUUUCCGAACAGGACCAGAACUUGAAAUCACCGGUUACGGUCUGCUUGAUCACUUCCUCGAGGGCGAUACAUAUCUUCAUGCCUGGGAGCAACUGGCUAUUAUCCUGCAAGAUGAGUCGAUACACGGCAUCAUCGCCGAUAUUGGCAUGCCUAUCAUGCACCGCAACAACAGGUACAACUGCCGUGUCAUCAUUCUCAACGGCAAGAUCUUGUUCAUUCGGCCCAAGCUCUACCUCGCAAACGAUGGUAACUACCGAGAGAUGAGGCACUUCAUCCCGUGGAACCGCCCACAACACCACGAAGAGUAUUAUCUCCCUCAGUUUAUCCAGAAGAUCCAAGGCUCCACCAAGGUACCGAUUGGAGACAUGGUACUCUCAACGCCAGACACUUGCAUUGGCAUGGAGACUUGCGAGGAGCUCUUUACACCACUAUCACCCCACCUAGCAAUGUCUCUGAACGGCGUGGAAGUCAUCACCAACUCCAGCGGUUCUCACCACUCUCUUAGGAAGCUCAACACCCGGGUUAGCUUGAUCCAGGAAGCCACACGGAAAUCGGGUGGUGUCUACCUCUACUCCAACCAGCAGGGCAUGGACGGCGAUCGACUGUACUACGACGGCUGUGCAAUGAUCAUCAUCAACGGUGAGAUCGUUCAGCAGACGUCGCAAUUCAGUCUCAAUGAUGUCGAGGUUUGUGUUGCCACAGUCGACAUCGAAGACGUCAGGUCAUACCGUAGCGCGCCCUCGCGAGGUAUUCAAGCUCUUACCGCACCUACCUACGAGCGUGUCGAGACUCCAUUCCACAUUGGCAAGAGUGAUGACGAGUACGACCCCACCCUGGCCCCAAGUCUUCCUCAAGAGCUGAAAAUACACGCUCCUGAAGAGGAAAUCUACCUGAGUGGAUCGUGUUUCCUGUGGGACUACCUCAGACGAUCAAGCCAAGCGGGCUACCUGAUCCCACUCUCUGGUGGUAUCGACAGCUGCUCGACAGCAGUCCUAGUCUACGGCAUGUGCAACAUCGCUUUCGAGGCUCUUCAAGCAGGCAACGCGCAGGUCAAGGCCGACAUCCAGCGCAUUGCAGGUCCCGGUGAAGCAGAAGGCUGGCUACCAAAGUCACCCCAAGAGCUCUGCUCGAAAGUCUUCUCCUCAGUCUUCAUGGGCAUGGCUAAACAAUCCUCCAAAGAAACCCGCAGCCGCGCCGAACGCCUCUCCCACGACAUCGGCGCCCAACACACCGACCUAGACAUCGACUCGAUCUUCGAAGCCUUCAAAGGCGUCCUGACCAAAGCCACGGGCCACGAACCCGCCUUCAAAGUCCACGGCGGCACACACGCUGAGAACCUCGCGCUUCAAAACAUCCAAGCCCGCUCCCGCAUGGUCUUAUCCUACGUCUUCGCUCAACUCCUGCCCACCGUGCGCCAGCGUCCCAACGGCGGCUCGCUCCUCGUACUGGGCUCUGCAAACGUCGACGAAGCACUCCGCGGCUACUUCACCAAAUACGACUGCUCGUCCGCAGACAUCAAUCCGAUCGGCGGCAUAUCCAAAACCGACCUGAAGCGCUUCAUCGCCUGGGCAGAAACCCACCUCUCCCUCCCUAUCCUCAGGGAGUUCCUCGACGCCACGCCGACUGCGGAACUCGAGCCGCUCACCGAGGACUACGUGCAGUCCGACGAAGUCGACAUGGGCAUGUCGUACGCCGAAUUAUCCGUCUUCGGACGCUUGCGCAAGAGUCAGAAGCUGGGGCCCUAUGGUAUGUUCCAGCGCUUGGUGCAUGAGUGGAAGGAUGUGCACGAGGCGCGCGUUGUGGCGGACAAGGUGAAGAGAUUCUAUCACUACUGGGCGAUUAAUAGGCAUAAGAUGACGACGAUUACGCCGAGUUUGCACAUGGAGGAUUACUCGCCGGAGGAUAAUAGGUUUGAUUUGCGGCCGUUUUGCUACCCUAGCUUCUGGUCAUCGUGGAGUUUCAAAAAGAUUGACGAGGCGGUGGAGAGAUUGGAGAAGGGGAGGCAGAACGGCACGGCCUAG